UCAGAGCUCACAGGAGUCUCCACCAUGGCCUGGGCCCCUCUCCUCAUCCCCCUCCUCACUCUCUGCUCAGGGUCCUGGGCACAGUCUGGACUCACCCAGGAAGCCUCGGUGUCGGGGUCUGUGGGGCAGAAGGUCACCCUCUCCUGCACUGGGAACAGCAACAAUGUCGGAAGUUAUACUGUGGGCUGGUACCGGCAGAUUUCUCGUGGUGCCCCCAAAACUGUGAUGCUCGGGACAUCUCGGCCCUCGGGGAUCCCUGAUCGCUUCUCUGGCUCCAAGUCUGGGAACACGGCCUCCCUGACCAUCUCGGGCCUCCAGCCUGAGGACGAGGCUGAUUAUUACUGUUCAACAUGGGACUAUAGCCUGGGUGCUGACACACCCCAGGGCUACACUGGCCUCCGGGCGUGUCUGGAGCCUGCUCCUGAGCAUGCCACUCCCUCGGUCAUCACAGGGGACACAGCAGGUCCAGUUAUCCUGGAGGGAGGUCUGAGUGCCCUCUGCUGCUGUGUCCACCCUCAGGACAGACCUGUGUCCUGCGCACCUACACCCCAUGCAAGGACAAACCUGAGGUGUUCCGGUGUUGGGAACCUUGGGCACACACAGGCCCUGCAGCCACUGAGUCACCCUGUCUACCCAAGCUUGACACCCAGCAUCCUGAGCAAGGGCCCCUCCUCUGAGCCGUCCUCCCGGAGAGAUCCUCUCUGUGCUCUGCUCCAGAGCAGGUGA